GAGUUGUACAGAGGAGUGAGGAUGAUUCAAGUUAUCUACUUUGUUACAGCGGAAGUUGAGGAUAUGAUGUAAUGCAAGUGUGUUGAAGUUUGAGGCUGUGAAUUGCACAUACGCAUCGAAGUAAGCAGAAAAAAUUGAUUUGUUGCAUAUAGUCAUAUACUAUAAUAUAGUAAAUCAUGUCAAGGUUGGUGGUGGUACAGCAUCAGCACCACAAAAACUCAUCUCCCUCUCGUCUCCCUUCUUCUCUCUACGACUUCAAUGGUGCUGGAUUCCACAAUCAAGUUCAGUUGCAGUGUAAGAAAAAGGUAUGGAUCAAGCCCAAAGGAGGAUUAAGCGUUACAUCUAUUAGUGCAAAAAGGACUUUUAUAAUGGAUGCCACUCAAGUCUUUGGAAAGCAAUGCUCAGAAUCUUGUGCCAAAGAGGAGCGUCAGACUAAAGCUUUUGCAAUUCCUAGAAGGAAUGCAAUGGCCUUGAUCUUGUCAGGCUACCUGUUCUCAGAAGUUGUGUCAGUUGAUACUGCAUUUGCUCAACAAUCUGUUGCCUUCAGAGAAUACAUAGAUACUUUCGAUGGUUAUUCAUUGAAGUACCCUCAAAACUGGAUUCAAGUGCGAGGAGCUGGGGCAGACAUAUUUUUCAGAGAUCCUUAUGUUCUUGAUGAAAAUGUCUCUGUUGAGCUGUCCUCUCCAUCAUCCUCCAAGUACAAGAGCGUCGAAGACUUAGGUCCACCAGAACAGGCUGCGGAGAAAGUACUGAAGCAGUAUCUGACAGAGUUUAUGUCAACAAGACUAGGCGUUAGACGUGAAUCAAAUAUUCUUACCACAUCAUCAAGAAUUGCUGAAGAUGGGAGGCUCUAUUAUCAAGUUGAGGUAAACAUUAAAUCAUAUGCAAGCAACAAUGAGCUGGCUGUUAUGCCCCAAGACCGAGUACCUAGGCUCGAAUGGAAUAGGCGGUACCUUUCUGUUCUAGGAGUUGAAAACAACCGUUUAUAUGAGCUGAGACUUCAAACACCUGAAAAUGUUUUUGAAGAAGAGGAAAAUGAUCUCCGCCAGGUUAUGGAUUCCUUUAGAGUAAACAAGGUGACUGUUUAACACCAUGCUGUAUGAAAAAAGCUUUAUUCUUUUUUCUUUUCUCGCAGGCCUUAUUCUUUGAAAGCCAUUUUUAUGUAGCUUCUUUUUUUCUCUCUAAACUUCAUUUGUAGCCAUGUAGUUGAUUGUUGAGUAAUGUGCAUUGGAUUUUUCAUACAAUAUUCAAUGCCAAACUCUUGACGGUCCUGUGUUAAAUUAUUCAAGAGAUGUUGAAGCGUGUCAAAUGAGAAA